ACAGUACUACUCUAACGUCAAAAUGAAUCAGGUCGUUCAACAAUGUCUUGACGCUCAUAACGAGUAUCGACGCAGACAUGGGGCACCUCCGUUGGUAAUCAACAAUUCGCUGAUGAAAAUGGCACAAAACUGGGUAAAAAAUAAUGCCGACCGAUGUCAAAUGGUACACAACACUGGCCGUGGCAAUAUCGGCGAAAACCUCUACUGUGCAUACCCAAGUUUUACCAACGGCCGGGUAGCAGUUGAAGAUUGGUACAACGAAAUUAAACAUAAUAAUUUUAAUAGACCAGGAUUUACUUCUGGAACUGGACAUUUUACCCAAGUGGUGUGGAAAGCGAGCAGAGAGCUGGGCGUCGGAUGGGCAACUGGAAGGAACGGCUGGACCUAUUUUUGUUACAAUUAUUCGCCUACCGGUAACUUUAAUAACGAUUACGCAGGAAAUGUUCUUCCGCCUGGUACUGUAAGUGACGAACCGGAAGAAUCCAACGAGGCUGAAGAAGAAGCGGAAGAAGCUGAAGAAGAUGAAGCAGAAGAAGAUCCUGAAGUUUUGGAUUUAGGAGUUCACGAGCUAGGACAGAAAAAUAAGCCAGCCUCAUCAAAAGAUAAGAAUAAGCUUUUAGCCAUUCUAUGCUUUGAGUAA